AUCGUCCCAAACGCGUCCUAGUCCCUGGCAGAUGUUAUGCUGCAUUUAAUGGCUGUCUGAAAUACUAACGCUCUGAUCUCGCAGUAGUAACCAGAUAUACGGUGAAGACAGCUGUGAGACUGUAAACUAAAACCUAAAGCUACAUUCUGAAAAUGUGUCGUGCAGUAGAAUAAAAUUAAAAGACGGUUAACCCUAACCCUAACCCUAUUUUUUAUGUUAAAAAUAAAAAGAUAAAGAAUCCAUUAGUGUUUCAUAUUCAAAACAAACCAGUUUGGAUUACAUAACUAAUUGACAACAAUUGAUAACUAAAAGCCUCCACUAAACCCUGCAAAAUUGUUAGUACAUUUGUGUUAGAAUGUAAAAGUACUGUACUUGAUUACUUCCAUUUUGUACUUUAUAGCAUAGUCCACUACAUUUGUCUGACAGAAACUUUACUUAUUUUCCAGCUUUUAUGUACAAAAUUGCUUAAGUAUUAUGAAUAAUCAAAUAAUAAAUAAUAAUAAUAAAUACUUCUCUUUCACCACAGAUGUAAAGUUGCCUAAAAAGCAGUGAUGUGUAGCUUUGUAGCUCAAACACUCCAAAAGAAAACUGCAUUUGGUUACAUUGUAAUUUAUUGUUUCUAAUUUUAAAAAUGACCAAAACAUUUUUGUGGACUGGUUUACUGAAUGGCCACCCACAUCAACGACUUUUUUGUCUUGUAUGUACUAAAUAUAAUAAUACAUAUUUUAAAAAGUCUUAUUAUCAGGCAAAUUAAAUGUGUAACUUGUUUUAACCUGUAAAUUGGAACCGAAGGCACCUGAAUGCAACACUCCCACACUCGCCAUUCAUGAUUUAUCUGCAGAGGAACAGCUCCCCCCAGCGGACAGUAAGUGAGUUGCAGGAGCUAAAAUAAGCCUUUUUAUUUUUCAAUGACAAGAAGUGCGUAACAAAGUAUAUUCCUUUACUGACAGUGACUGCGCCAUGAAUGGAAGCGAAGUAGUGGUCGUUACAGGCUUUGGACCUUUCAGACAGUUCUUAGUGAAUCCCAGCUGGAAAGCAGCUCAGGCGUUGAAGGUGGUCGGAUUGGGACAGCGGACUGAUAUUUACAUCAAAGAAGUGCCAGUGAGUUAUGUUAAGACUCAGCAAAUCAUUGCUGAGAUUUGGCAAACUCUUAAACCAAAGUUUGCCGUACACCUGGGCCUAGCCAGAGGUUCCAGAGUCAUCAUUCUGGAGCAAACGGCAAAGAACAGCAGAUACAGAGACAAAGAUGUGUGCGGUUUCUGUCCUGAGAGUCACUGCUGUGUGGAAGGAGGCCCAGAGAAACUAGACUCAGUCAUUAACAUGAGGGCUGUCUUCAAAGAGUUCAAACCAGGAGGGAUGGAUGUGAUUUAUUCAAGAGACGCCGGCAGGUACCUGUGUGAUUUUGCGUAUUACUGCUCGCUGUAUCACGGUCAGAGGAGAGCGGCCCUCAUCCAUGUGCCCUCAUCUGGCAGCCUGACCUCAGCUGACAGACUGGUGCCUCUGCUGCAGAGCCUCAUUCAGAGCAUGCUCGACCAGCUGGAGGACCCUUCAGACAGGCAGCCGCAGUGAGGUAGAUCUUCUAAUAACGACAUUUCACACCACAGAGAGGGAAUAACUAGAACAAACAGUCGUAGUUCUCAU